AUGGCGUACUACCUCACUGACGAUAUUUAUCCCAAAUGGGCAACUUUCAUCCAAUCAAUUACACUACCAUGUGGCCGAAAAGCUAAACUCUUUACUCAAUGUCAAGAAGCAUGUCGUAAAGAUGUAGAGUGUGCCUUUGGAGUCUUGCAACUUGGAGACGUUUAUCUCAGACGACCUACAGCGGAAGACCUCCAAAGAUUAUUGAAUAUUGGAGAACAACGCGGUUUCCCUGGAAUGGUGGGGAGCAUAGAUUGUAUGCAUUGGGAGUGGAAGAAUUGUCCAACUGCAUGGAAAGGACAAUAUUCACGUGGAUCUGGAAAACCGACAAUCGUACUAGAGGCAGUGGCAUCCCAAGAUUUAUGGAUUUGGCACGCAUUUUUCGGACCACCGGGUACGUUAAAUGAUAUCAAUGUUUUGGACUGCUCACCGGUGUUUGAUGAUAUCUUAGAGGGCCGAGCUCCAAGAGUUUCAUACGUUGUCAAUGGACAUCAAUACGAAAUGGCGUACUACCUCACUGACGGUAUUUAUCCCAAAUGGGCAACUUUCAUCCAAUCAAUUACACUACCAUGUGGCCGAAAAGCUAAACUCUUUGCUCAAUGUCAAGAAGCAUGUCGUAAAGAUGUAGAGCGUGCAUUUGGAGUCUUGCAAGCUUGA